AAGCAUCGAAAGCAAAACAAGGUUGCUCACUUAGCCACAAGAGGUUACUAUCAUACACUGCCAUCGCAAGGUGUACCUCGCCGUUUCGACACAGAAUACAACAAAGAUAUCAAAAUCGAACUCAUUGGCGUCACGGUCACGCUCUCAACGUUGAGAUACUCUUUCAUAUUUACUCAAAAAACAUAUCAAUGUCCAAGAUGCCCUUGGAAUUGGCCGUCACGACGGGCGUAUCGGUGCAGAUGAUGGAAUUUAUCCAGUCACUUCCAUCCGAUACUAAUGUAUACUCGGCUCUGAUUCCAUUCAUUAACGCAAAUGCUGCCCCGCGCAAUCCGAGAUGGAUGUCAAUAGUGUUGAUAUUUUUUAUUAUCUCUCAUUUUGUAUCUUGCAUCUUUUCUACAAUGCUUAUCAUCUAUCAAUUGAAGAGAGGAAAGUUUUGGCUUCUCCAAGUUCCAAAAUUUGGUUUUAUAAAGCCUAAUCGAAUUCUCACCGACGGUAUCGCCAUUUGGAUUUAUAGCGUAGUCACCAUCAUCGGUUUAUCAUGCCAAUUAUAUAUCGAUUUUCGACACGUCCCGGUUCGUGGGAAGUUGAUACUUUCUGGGAUUGGAUUGCCUAUAGGUCAUUACUCAUACUCGUGUAUGGUCUGGAUCUACUACACGAGAAGCAUUCGGAGGUAUUAUGGAGACAAUCUAUCCUCUGGCAAUCCGAUGAUGCCAAAGUGGAUACCGAUUUUUGGAAAUCUGAUCUUUGUGAUUUAUGCGAUUGGAACUGUCAUUAUCCUUCUAAGCAUGUUGGUUCAUCCAACCAUCAUUCACACCCAGAUAGUGAACACCACGGGAGAUGUCGUCAAAGGGCUCCGCUCAGCUUCUCAAGCUCCUGAUGCAAUUCCAUAUUCUGAGAUCAAUUUGCGCGACAUCUUAUCUCCCCUGCGCGCAAUUCCACCACAAAUGGAUCGCUUGGGAGCCCUGCUCAAGACGAAUAUUAUUGUUGCGAACUGCAUAUUUCUUACCUUGAUCAUUGCUUACAUCGGCUAUAUUGUCUUGGUACAUCGAGAGUAUAAAACAUAUGUACAAAUUCAAAGAUCUUUAUCAAAUCAAAAAAAUCAAGAUCAACAUGCGAGAAUUGAUUAUCAAGCUGAGUUAGGGAUUUUAUAUCUUGAAUCUGUUCUUGCAUUCGUCAUGAUCUGUUCACAUUUACCUGUAUUUAUUUGGGUGAUGAUCAAGCCGUCAAAUCGAAAUGUUAUGUUGUCAAAAGCAACGACCAUGGUGCUUGAAUUGACUUUGACAUUGAUAACAACCCUUCUUCUACCCAUUUUCACCUAUCAAAGGGUGAUUUCAUCUAAACGCCUUCUCGCAUGUAAGGUAGCCGAGAAUGAAACGAAUAUGAUAGAAUCGGAAUUUCAAGAAAAGAAAUCAUUUGGAAAAGAUCAAAUUUUUAAAAUCGGUACAUUCAAUCGAAUCUCAUUUUCAAAGAUAAGUAAAACUUCAAAGGAUGAAAUCGAAAUUACUGGUCAUGCACUUUAAUGAAAUCAAAAAAAAAAUGUUUUCAAGUUUUUGUAUAUUCUUUUACCAACGACAAUUUGUUAUUAUUUUCAUUUUCGACUUCAUUGUUCAUUCUUUAAAUACUAGUAUGUACUUUAUCAUUCACUAUUCCGGACUUUCCAGACAUUGUUUAAAUUACUUCACUUUUUCAUCAUUGUCAUCCAGCGGCCAAAGUUGUAAAGCAAUAUGAUUGACAGUUUCACUAGAGUUCACAGUAAUGAUUCAAUUGUGUUAUCGUUUU